ACCUAGGCUGCAUAUAUAUAAUGAACAGCCCUCGCCCGUGACAAGCCGCUAUACGAUACACUCACAAACAACGUUAUCUCUUCUUCGUCUUCUUGAAUCUUCCUCACUCUCUUUUCUUCUUUCAAAUCUCUCUCCUCCAUCAAAGCAGCUUUAAGUUUUGUAAGAAUGGCAGAAGCAGAGCAAAACUUUGUCGAAAACAACGAAGAGCAGAAUUUUGCGGUGCAAGAAUCUGAAUUGCAUCAUGUUGGUGUUGAUGAGUUUGAACAGCAAAUUAUUGCUGGGAAUGUGACUGAAGAGUAUAAUUUUGGUGGAAAUGAGCCUGAGAAUCAAAGCUUGGCUAUGAACGAGCAAAGUUUCGCUGCGAACGAGCCCGAAAACAAUUUUGUUGAGCAAGAAUAUGCUGAAAAUGAAAAUGAAAAUGAGAAUGAGAAUGAGCAUACAUUAGAGGGAGAGCAGGCUAUUCAUGAGUUGGGUGAGGAUCAGUUGAAAGAAGAAUUCCCUGAUAAUGAAGUUGAUGAGAUGAGUGAUGCUCCGGUUGAUUUGAGUUUUGAGAAAAAGGACGAACAUGAGGAAAAUAAUGUGGCGGCAGGUGCAGGAGUAGAGAAGAAAUGGCCUGGGUGGCCUGGAGAGAGUGUUUUCAGGAUGUUGGUACCCGCCCAAAAGGUUGGCAAUAUCAUUGGACGCAAAGGAGAAUAUAUUAAGAAAAUCGUUGAGGAGACCAGGGCGCGUAUCAAGAUUUUGGACGGUCCUCCAGGAUCGCAGGAGAGAGCUGUGAUGGUUUCAGCUAAGGAGGAUCCUGAUGCUUCUCUUCCUCCAGCUAUGGAUGGACUUUUGAGGGUUCAUAGACGUAUUGUCGAUGGACUGGAUGCUGAUGUUUCUCAGGCUCAGGCUCCUCCUGCAGGAAGCAAGGUUUCAACUAGGUUGCUAGUGCCUGCCACCCAGGCUGGUAGUUUGAUUGGAAAGCAGGGAGCCACUGUUAAAUCAAUUCAGGAAACUGCAAACUGUAUUGUUAGGGUUCUUGGACAAGAGGACCUUCCUGUUUUUGCUCUUCAAGAAGAUCGAGUGGUUGAAGUAGUUGGGGAAGCUGUUGAUGUUCACAGGGCAAUUGAACUGAUUGCAACACACCUGAGGAAGUUUUUGGUUGACCGUAGUAUAAUUCCUGUUUUUGAAAAGCAGAUGCAAGCUUCAAGUGCUCCCAUGGAGCAUAUGCCACCUCAGCCUUGGGGUCCCCCUCAUGGUCUUCCACCAAGUGGAGGAGGUGGACAUGGCGGUUAUGGUUCUGGUAUGCAAUAUAUGCCACCACCACGUCAACUUGACAAUUAUUAUCCACCAGCAGAUAUGGCACCCCCUCCGGAUAGGCAGCCUCACCAAGGAAUAUCAGCAUAUGGAAGAGAGCCUCAAAUGGGUGUUCAUGGUGCAUCUAAUGCUCAGUCUACACCAUCUAUGAUCACACAGCAGAUCACGCAGCACAUGCAGGUCCCUUUAUUAUAUGCAGAUGCUGUGAUUGGUACCAACGGCUCCACUAUAAGCUACAUUCGGCGUGCUAGUGGCGCUACUGUCACCAUACAAGAAACAAGGGGUGUUCCUGGAGAAAUGACAGUUGAGAUAAAUGGAACUGCAUCACAAGUUCAAGCAGCUCAGCAGCUGAUACAGAAUUUCAUGGCAGAGGCAGCGGCAGCCCAAGCACCAUCCCAAGCAGGCGGUGCAGCAGACCAGGGUUAUAGCCAAGGUUAUAAUUCGUAUGCUGCUCCUGCUUCAGUGUAUGGAUCUGCACCGUCUAGUGCUGGACAUGCAAGCCAACCUGGAGCGUAUGGAUCAGUGUAUGGUGGAAAUUAUGGCUAUUAGAUUGGCAAGUCACUUUGUUCAUUUAGAUUUAGUGUCACCGAAUAAUUAAAUAGGAAAGGCUGUAUUACUAUUUUAGAUUCCAAUUAUAACUAUAAACUGUUUUUGACUGCCCAAGUUACCAUGUGUUUGCGACAUUAGCUAUACUAACUUGUAAUUCAGGUUUUUGUGUGAACGUAUGGACUCCAAUCGUAGUCACCCAUUCUAUGACAGUUUUAUUGGGUUAAA